GUGACAGUGUCUGGCAUAUGGUACCUCCCUGAAUUAAUCGAAAGGGGUGGUUAGUGCCGGAGAGUCCCUUUUAUAUGAAUGGAAGGCCUGCGCAGACUGGGCCGGUGACAAUGAGUGCAGUCUGGAGGGACUGAGCGCAGAUAAGGAGCAGAGCAGGGAGCCUCCGGACACUGAGCGCGGGGUACACGGGUGGCAGCCGAUCGACUUCUAUCCUCGGUACCCGCUUUCAGGAUGCCUUCCUUUUCCAACUUUUUCAUCAUUCUGUGCCUUGUCAUCUCUGCCCUGAUAGAUGUGCAAGGGAAUGAAAACUGGAAAAAUAAACCCACCUUCCCCCCUAUCUUUACCCGCCGACCAUUCAUGGUGGCAUGGAAUGCACCCACUCAGGACUGUCCUCCUCGCUUCGAUGUGCACCUAGACUUAAGGCUCUUUGACAUUCAUGCUUCACCCAAUGAGGGCUUUGUUAAUCAGAGCCUUACCAUCUUCUAUAAGGAGCGCCUGGGUCUGUACCCAUACUAUGAUGAGCAUGGGGUACCCAUUAAUGGAGGUGUUCCUCAGAACUCAAGUCUGCGAAGUCAUUUGGACCGGCUUUCAGAAGGUAUCAACAAGUAUAUUCCUUAUUCUAACACGGAGGGUCUGGCAGUCAUUGAUUGGGAGGAGUGGCGUCCUGUCUGGAUACGAAACUGGCAAAAUAAGGAUAUCUACAGGAAAGCUUCCAGAGACCUGGUCCUCUCAAGGCACCCCAAAUGGCCCCAAGAUCAGGUGGCCAAGGAGGCACAGUAUGAGUUUGAAAAUGCAGCUCGUGAAUUUAUGAUGCAAACACUGAGUCAUGCUAAAAGCUACCGGCCACGCCAGCUUUGGGGUUUCUACCUUUUCCCAGACUGCUACAACCACGACUACAGCAAAAACCAGGAGAGCUACACUGGUCACUGCCCCGAUGUAGAAAUAUCCAGGAACGACCAGUUAUCGUGGUUGUGGGAAGAAAGCACAGCACUUUAUCCGUCCAUUUAUCUCGACCAAGUUCUGAGCUCGUCUGAAAACGGGCGUAAGUUUGUGCGUUCCCGUGUCAGGGAGGCCAUGAGGAUUUCGUAUAUACAUCACAGAGAUUAUUCGCUGCCCGUAUUUGUGUACACGCGUCCCACCUACAUACGUAAGAUGGAUCCUCUCACUCAGGCUGAUCUGAUCUCCACAAUUGGAGAGAGUGCCGCACAGGGAGCAGCAGGUGCCAUAUUUUGGGGGGACGCAGAGUACACAAGGAGCCCGGAAACCUGUCAGAAGAUUAAGCGGUACUUGGAGGAGGACUUGGGUCGAUACAUUGUGAAUGUGACCACUGCGGCAGAGUUGUGCAGCCAGACUUUGUGCAAUGGGAAUGGACGUUGCUUGCGUCAGGAAAAUGCCACCAAUGCUUUUCUGCACCUCAACGCAGCUAACUUUAAAAUUGUGAGUGUCCCUAAGGGAUCUGCCUCGUCUUCUCCUCCACUUAGGGCAGAAGGCAAGCUGUCUGCGGAGGAUAUCAGCUCUCUGCGUUCGCAGUUCCGCUGUCAGUGCUAUGUAGACUGGUACGGAGUCAGCUGUGGAACACAAAAAAGCACACAACGUAGUGGCGCCGCGGGACCUUCUGCUAGCUACACGCUGACCGCAUUAUUGACGUCCCUGACCCUGAAGCUGCUCUGAGGAGAAUGGUUUCUUUGGCUGAACCAUUUAUAUACUACAAUGGACUCAAGGUCAUGUGACCUCAAUCUUGCGAGAGCCAUUGAAUCUGAGAACUAGUAGGUGGCAGCACAAAUGGCAAUAAUGCAGGCCACGUGCCCUUUAUUUAUAUGACUUUUACACACUUUGAGUGUUCCUACCUCUAGGAUGUUUUAGUGACCCAGCACCUCUAGCCUACAGAGGAAGAAUGGGUAUAAGGGCUACUGGGCCUGACAAUCCUUUGGUCUUGGGGUUGAUGCAGAGCCUAAUCUUUGUAGGGUUGUGCAAUGUAUGUUACUUACUCCCAGGUUUGUAAUAACAUUUUAAUGCAAUAAGGCACUCAGGGAUUCUAGUACCUGCA